AUGUGGAGUGAGCAGGUGUCUUCUGUGGAACCCUGCUGUACGUUGCACCACAGCAGUGUGUCUGUCCUGCAGCUGGAGGAACACAUCAUUCGUCUCCGGGAGGAGCUGGACCGAGAGCGGGAGGAGAGGAGCUUCUUCCAGCUGGAGCGGGACAAAACCCAGGCGCUGUGGGACAUCUCCAAGAGGAACCUGGAGGAGACGAAGGCCGAGCUCAGGAACCGACACAGGGAGAAGGAGGAGGCCGAGGAGCGCCACCGAGUGGAGAUCACAGUCUACAAGCAGAAGCUGAAGCACGUUCUGUCUGAGCACCACAACACGACCACUGAGCAGAAGCUGGAAGGGGUGGCCUCGUCCUCACUGGUCCAGAACCGGCACCGGGAGGCGGAGCUCGGGCUGCGCAGAGAUGUUCACGGCCUGCAGGCAGAACUCAGGGAGAAAAAGCUCCACAGCGAGAACUCCAUCAAGGAGCUGAAACUGAAACACCAGGUGGAGCUGAUGGAGCUGAACAACGAGUACGACCGCAGGAUCCGAGAAAUGGAGGCAAAGUUCCACCAGCAGAUGCAGUCGCUGAUCACGGUGGAGGAGAAGCGGCGGCGGGCCGAGGUGGCCGAGCUGGACGACCAGAUGAAGAGUCGCAUUGCGGUUCUGAUCGAGAACCAGGACCGGGCUGUGCGGGGAGCCGAGGAGUACUACACUUCUGUUCAAAAUAAACUGCUGGCGGACCAGAACCUGCUGAAGGAGGAACUGGCUGAGGUGCAGAAGCGGCAGGCGCGAGCAGACAAAGAACUUUCAGCAGCUCAGCAGGAGAACCGGCGUCUGACGGAGGUUCUGCAGGAGGCGGAACACAAGAAGCAGGAACUGCAGAAACGGGUGCAGGAACACGACGAGGCCGAGGCCAGGAGGGCGGUGAGCCGGGCUCAGGUGAAGCUGAUGGAGAAGGAGCUGCGAGACCUGACGGUGGAGCACGAGCUGCUGCGCCAGGCCUGCCACAAGGUGGAGCGGGAGCGGGACGAGCUGCUGAGCCGGCAGACGCAGGCGGUUCUGGACCUGCAGCAGAGCAGCGGGCUGAAGGAGAUGCUGCUGCAGAGGAAGCUGGCGGCGCUGACCCAGACUCUGCAGAAGAAGGAGGCUCAGCUCUGCGCCGCUCUGUCCGUCUGCAGCACCGAGCCACAGGCCAGAACCAGCGCCGCCAGCAGGCUGGAGGAAGUCCUGCAGCGUCAGCAGGCGUCGGUCCAGUCGCUGCAGCAGGACUUGGGUCAGGACUGUCAGGAGUACGAGGAGCUGCUGCUCACCUGUACGGACAGGCUGAAGGCUCUGGGCGUCCCUCUGCACGACUUCCACUUCAGGCCGGCCGAGCAGAUCCAGAACAGAACGACACCGAAACCCUGAGCUGGAGCUGGGAGGCGACUGUCCGGGCUCCUGGUUACACCUGCUCACACCUGGUUACACCUGCUCACACCUGGAGACGAGCUGCACGUCUUCAUCUG